AUGCGCGCUUACUUGCGACCCGUCUUUGUCAGUGGCGGCGAGACAGCAGAAGAAGAAGCAGAAGAAGCAGAAGCAGGAGAAGAGCAAAAGACAGCGAGAGAGCGUAACGUCCGAAGACAAACGAGCGUGAAGAUGAAGAUGAAGCGAAAGACGAAGACGAAGAGAGAGAGAAGACGGAAGAGAUGGAGAGAUGGAGAUGAAGAAGAGAGUAAGACGAAGAGUAAGAUGAAGCCGGCAAAAGCAACGAAAAGUCUUUUUUUCCUCUCUUAG